GAACCCAUUACUGGACCCAAAACGAUAACUGGAGUGAUGCAAAACUGCUCCGUAUUGUACCAGGUGCCCUUUCAAAUAUUUUCAUUAUUUACAGUCCCUACACCUUAUCCUGUGUUAGGCCUUCUCCUCCAAUUUAGAAUGAGGGAUACACUAACUUUUCCACGCAGACCACCCGUGAAAUGAUCCCUCCUGUACAUCCUCGGUCUGCCUGCCCCACACCAUCCAAAACAGAUGCCCAAGCCACCUCAUCGGCUCCUUCAGUGGCUCUACUAUGAGUCCAACAUGGAUGAUUGAGCUCCUUGCUUCAUUUGUAAUGGUGAGUCCAGCCACCCGGUGAAGAAAACUGAUGAGAUAACUUCAGCCGCACACCUUGUCCUUUUGAUUUCUGCCCAAAGCUGCUCGGUAUACACACUUUAGAUUUGUAUAUUCAUAGCUGCCAGUGAGAUGAUAGUUCGCUUUUAAAAAACUACAGUGGUGAUGCAGACUGGCCUCCUUUCAACACGUGGACCACGGAGCCUGUUGUUUCUCUGGCCUUGUUGUUUUGCUUGAGCAAAACACAGUUGUUUGCCUGUCUUUGUUUUUGCUUCGCGUUGGGAGAAAGGCGUUGGUUUGGGCGUCAUUUCCCCCCGGGCAGUUUGUGACACCAAGAAAUAGCAGCACAACAUGUGCAGGAGACUGCCACUGAGGCAAAGUACUUCUCAGGUGUCGUUCGUAUCAUACCCUGUCGUUGAACUGCAAUAAUCGCUGGUGUUUUCAUGAAAAUGCCUCAUAAGUGUCUUCUGAUCCACAGUUCAUCCAUGUCUUGGCUGUCCUUGUUCUCCACUCACCGGUGGCCUUGCUCAGCCCCACUGGUGAUCCUGGUCGGCCUGGUGAGCAGGCAGCCGGGCCUUAUGGCGGGUCCGCAGGCGGCUCGAGCACUGACUUGUCCUCGGUGGGGAGCGCCAGCAAGCCGCGGGCUUUUCCAAAAUGGAGAUGUCGUCAUCGGUGGACUUUUUCAUCUCCAUUACACGCCUCCUGCCAUAGACAACGACUUUGCUCGCGAACCAGUCUAUAGAGAAUGUACUGGUUUAGAGGAACUCCCCUUACAGUACAUUUACUCGAUGGUGUUUGCCGUGGAGGAGAUCAACCGGAGUCCUCGCCUGUUGCCGGGCGUGAGGUUGGGCUAUCACAUCCGCGACAGUUGCGCUUUGCACCCGUGGGCCACGCAAGCAGCCCUCUCGCUGGUGAGCGGAGACAGCACCACCUGCAACAUUGCUGCAACCCCGCAGGACGAUUCUGGAGGAGGCGAUGGGAAAGGUGUUCCGUUGAUCAUCGGUGGUGCUUCAUCCAAAACGGCCAUGAUACUUUCCAGAGUGCUGGGGCCCCUCUCUGUACCUUUAAUGAGCUACCAGUCGAGCUGCCCUUGUUUGAGUGACAGGCGUCAGUUUCCCAACUUCUUCCGAACCAUCCCCAGCGACAUUUACCAGGUGCGGGCCAUUGCUAGGCUCGCCAUAUACUUCAAGUGGACCUGGAUCGGCACCGUGAUUGCAAACAAUGACUACGGUCUGAUGGCUGUCAAGGUGUUCCAGGAGGAGACCCGGGGUUCCGGCGUGUGUCUGGCCUUUGUGGAGACUCUAAACAGACAAAACAUUGUGAAUGAUGCCAGGAGAGCAGCCCUCGCUAUUCAGGCAUCAAGCGCCAGAGUGAUAUUGAUCUUUACGUGGUACACAGACGUCAGGGAACUCUUUCUGCAGCUGGCCGACCUGAACGUGACAGACAGGCAGUUUCUUGCCAGCGAGGCCUGGAGCACCAGUGCCAGUCUUCUCCAACACCCUGUCACCUCGCGAGUGGCGAGCGGAGUCCUGGGCACGGCCAUUCGCAGCUCGCCCAUCCUCGGACUCCGAGAUUACCUCCGAAGUUUGACUCCCUCUCGUCGCCCGGGUGAUGACAUCUUGAGGGAGUUCUGGGAGAUGCAGUUUGCAUGCAGGCCUCGGCUUUCCAACGGCACAACCACGCCUGACCGGAGCACCCCCCUGCCCCUGUGCCGAGGUGACGAGUCCCUGCAGGGGGUGGACAAUCUCUUCACCGACACCUCGCAGCUCCGACAGGCUUACAACGUCUACUUGGCCGUUUACGCCGCUGCUCACGCCCUUCACGACCGCCUCGGCUGCCCCGACGCACACACCUCCUCCAGGGACGGCAGCUCCAACUGCUCCUCCCCGACAAAUGUCAAACCUGCUGAGCUGCUGCGGCACUUAAAUGACGUGAACUUCACCACACCGCAAAGGGAAAGACUUUAUUUUCAAGGGGCCGACAUCCCCGCCAAGUAUGACCUGGUCAACUGGAAGAAGCGCCCCGAUGGCUCCCUGGAACUUGUUCUCAUCGGCCGAGUGGACGGCAACGAAAUUUUCAUGAACGACACAGCUGUGCAGUGGCACUCAGGAUCUAGUCAGGUGCCAGUUUCGGUGUGCAGUGAGAGUUGCCCUCCUGGAACCAGGGUGGCAACCAGGAAAGGCGAACCGGUAUGUUGCUUUGACUGCAUCGCGUGUGCUGAAGGAGAGAUUAGCAACAUGACUGAUUCGCCCAAUUGUGAACGCUGUCCACUUGAGUUCUGGUCCAACACGGAGCAUACGGUCUGCAUCCUCCGCCAGCUGGACUUCCUGGACUUCAAUGAGACCUUAGGCAUCACCCUAACUGCGGUCGCCGUCUCCGGCACCAUGGUGACCAUCACCGUUUUUGUGGUCUUUGUCUACUACAGACACACACCCGUGGUCCGAGCCAACAAUUCCGAACUGAGCUUCCUCCUCCUCUUGUCUCUCAAAUUCUGCUUCCUGUGCUCGCUGCUGUUCAUUGGCCGCCCCACCUUGUGGUCUUGUCGCUUCCAGCAGGCCGCCUUCGGCAUCAGUUUUGUGCUCUCACUGUCCUGCCUGCAAGUAAAGACCAUUGUGGUCCUGGCGGCCUUCCGCUCUGCCCGGCCUGGCACUGAAGCCUUGAUGAAAUGGUUUGGUCCGGUCCAACAGAGAGGGAGUGUCUGUGUGUUCACCGGCAUCCAGAUCAUCAUUUGUAUAAUUUGGCUGUCCCUCAGCCCCCCUGAACCUAAACCAGAGUUGGAUACUCCAGGGUUAAAGGUGACCCUAAAGUGUCACAUGGCCUCCGCAGUGGGCUUUGCUCUGGUGUUGGGCUACAUCGGCCUGAUGGCCUGCACUUGCCUCCUGCUGGCCUUCCUCGCCAGGAAACUGCCCGACAACUUUAACGAGGCCAAGCUGAUCACUUUCAGCAUGCUCAUCUUCUGCGCCGUGUGGGUGGCCUUCGUGCCCGCUUACGUCAGCUCGCCUGGGAAGUACACCGUCGCUGUGGAGAUCUUUGCCAUCCUGGCUUCCAGCUAUGGCUUGCUCAUUUGUAUUUUUGCUCCCAAGUGUUUUAUCAUUCUCGUGAGGCCGGAGAGAAACACCAAGAAACACUUGAUGGCCAGGUAGCAAAUUACAGCCAGGUUAUCGAUUAUUUGAAUGAACUAUGUAUGAAAUAUGUGAUUCGUUCUUACUGAUUUGUAUGGUUAUGAUCAAAUGUAUAGUUCACCGUAGCACAAAGUUUGAUACUUUGUUUUUUUUUUGUAGAUAAAUGCAAUUUUAUUUAUCGUUAUAUUUACCCCAAUUUUGUCAGCAAUCUAAUAUGGCUUUUAUUUUGUCAUAAAACUAAAGGCAAACUAGUUUCUAAAGAGUGUACACCACCUUUUAUUGGAUACUCAUUCCGACCUUUCUUUGGUAAAAUGGUGGAAAUAAAUGUUUAGGUUAUAUUUUAAAAGAAAAAAAUGUACAAAGUACUACACUGUAGAGAAUACAGUGUUUGUCAUGCCUAUGCAUAUUAAAAAAACAGUAAUAAAUGCCCAUCGAUACUCCCUUUUUAUUGUACUGUAUAUUUGUACUAUUGUUGCUCUGUUUAUUUAUUAUAGAAGAAAUGUUUGGGGACUUUUGAAGACCAUAAAUGUUUGUCAGGAUAAAAUCCCAAAGCAUCCAUCCAUUUUCUCUUCGAAUUGUUAAUAUACAUUUGCGAAAUAAAAAAUAUGGCAUUUUGUGCCAUUUUUUAAAGACAGUUGAAUGACAGACUAUACUACACUUACCCGGUACACUAAUAGAGGCCUCUGUAUGAAUCCAGAAAUUAAAAUUAAAAGCAAUAAUUAAGCUGAGUUUUAAAAAAAUAUACCUGUUCUAACCGACAUUUUCAAAUGUUAAACCAAUGCAAUAUUUUUGAUGGCAAAUCACAAAUUCCAUUAUUGUAAUGUGACAUGCA